UGAGGACAGAAUUGUCGUUGAAACGAGAAGGAAGUUUGCUUGUCGUAAAACUGUAUAAAAAGUUAAAUAUUGUAGUUUUACUUUGCAUUCUGAUAAUACAGCCAUGAACGCAACGUGCCUUUGGUGUGUAGCUGUUAUUGUUGUCUUUAACUGCGGUGCUGUACUGUCAGUAGAUACUGAUUGUGACACUCAUUGUGCUAACCUAAAAGGUUUAAAGGAUGGUGUAGCAAAGAUAAAUGCAUAUAUUGCAGAGGCAGAAAAAAAGUGUACUCCAAAAGCAGUUUGUCCCGUCGACUGGAUCUUGCAUGGAAAUAGUUGUUACUAUUUUAGCUAUAAUUUGACAACUUGGAAUAACGCAAGGAUUGAAUGUGCAAAUAGAGGCGGAUACCUUGUUGAAGUAGAUAAUGAUCAAGAGAAUUUAUGGUUGGUGUCAAUGUUGAAAGACGACGUAUGGAUUGGACUUACCGACAGUAAAAGCGAAGGACAAUGGCGCUGGAAUACUGGGUCUUCUAGUACUUAUACCAAUUGGCAAUCUGGGGAACCAAAUGGUGGUAGAGGAGAAAACUGUGCAAACUACUGUAAUAAGAGUUGCCACAAGAGCAAUUAUGGUUGGAAUGACAGGCCUUGUACGUAUCCAACUGGAUAUGCCUGUGAAAGACAUUUAGAUAAUUGAAGAUCUGUUCAUACGUCUAUUAAAAGGUGUUUUUUUUAAACAUAAAAUUUAACGUUGGAAUUUACCGCCAUCUUUCAGUAUAAAAAUUAGCUUUUCUUGACAUUUAAGUUAUUUGUUGUUCAUACAAAAUACCAGUUUCAAAAUUAUUUUCUGAAUAAAGCUGAUUGCAGUUGU